AUGGCAUGUUCUGCUGUGCGUUCUCCAAUUUUACGAAAUCCAUCUGUAAGAAAUUAUGCAGCUGCAGCAAAAGCUGCUCAUUCUGCACCAGCAGCUGCUGCUGCCGGUGAUUUUCAAGUCUUGAGUAAUAAAAUUACUGUUGCUGCAUUGGACAACAAUAGUCCGGUUACCCAAGUGUCAAUUGUUUUCAAAGCUGGACCUCGAAAUGAAACGUAUGAUACUCAAGGUAUUUCACAUCUUUUACGAUUAGCAGCUGGAUUAACAACAUCGCGCGGAACUACAUUUGGUAUUACCCGCAAUAUUCAACAACUUGGUGGUAAUAUAUUUGCUACAAGUGAUCGUGAAUCAACAGCUUAUACUCUACAAGUAACUCGUAAUCAUUUAGACAAAGCUUUCAACUUCUUAGAAGAUGUGGCAACACGACAAGUAUUUAAACCAUGGGAAGUUAAUGAUUUAUCACCAAGACUACGUUAUGAACUUUCAGCAGUUCCAGAAGCUACACGAUUACUUGAACUUUUACAUAAAGCAGCUUAUCGUACAGGUUUGGGUUACUCUUUGUAUUCUCCAAAACGUCAUAUUGAUAAAAUAUCAUCAGAAAGUUUGCAACAUUUUGUCAAUAGUUGGUUCACAGGACCAAGAUGCGCUGUAGUAGGUACUGGCAUUUCACUGUCAGAUUUAUCUAGCUUUGCAAACACUUUAAAUGUUGGAACAAGUGAGGGAAAUUCAUCACCAUCAAAAUAUCACGGUGGAGAACUACGUAAAGAACGUAAUUCUUCGAUUGCUAGUGUUGCAUUAGCUGUUGAAGGUUCAAGUUUUAGUAAUGAUAAAGAUGCAUUGGCAUUUGCUGUAUUACAACAGGCUGCUGGAACUGGUCCACACAUUAAAUGGGGCACAACAACAGCUCCAUUGCAACGAAGUGUCAUUUCAGCAGCUGGAAAUGAUCCAUUUGCUGUUUCUGCUUUCAAUGCUAGUUACUCUGAUUCUGGACUUUUUGGAGUUAUCAUCCAAGCACCGGCCAAUGUCGCUGGAUCGAUCACUAAAGCAGCUUACAAAUGGAUGAAUUCCCCUAAUAUUACCGAUGCUGAUAUUGCUCGUGGAAAAACAGAAUUAAAGGCGUCAAUUUUAUAUACAAGUGAUAAUAAUACAAGACAAUUGGAAAAUCUUGCUCAGCAAACAUUAUUUAAAGGUCGUCCAGUAUCUUGUGCUGCAUUAGUUGCUGAAGUUGAUAAAAUUUCAUCUGCAGAUGUUAAAAAGGUCGCUGGAAAACUUGGUAGUAAAGUUUCUAUGGCAGCCAUAGGUAAUCUGGCAACAGUACCGUACAUAAAUGAACUAAAUUAA